AUGAAAACGGCAAAACUUGAAUGUGCAUUGUGCAACUCGCUUCUUCUAGACGCAAUACAGACUUUCUUCUGUUUCUGGCCGACAGAAAAUACCGCUGGUUUGGAAGGCAAGGCACGACAAGCCUUGAAUGGUGCUGCAAUGCGUCUUCUGCGGACAGGCCACUGGGGCCAACUGGAGCAGGCGUCGAGGCGAGGUGGCAAAUCCGUACAAAUAAGCUUUUCUCGCCUCCUCCCUCCAGAAGAGACAAGUCGAAGUGGUACGUCUGGCCUGGAGCAUACUCCUGACCUGACUCUUGACCGUUUUGACACAAGUUCAAAAAGCUCAAGGGCCGUCCAAUGCAGACGGCAAGCUCUCACCUGCAGCAUACAUUUGCUUCUUGCGUCUGGCUAG